CGCAACACCAGAGAGAGCUGCGCAGGAGACAGCACUGAGAAGUUUGUCUAAAGCAGACAACCAACCCCAUUCUACAAUCGAACAUAUCCAUUUUGAGGAAAUACCAAAAGAAACAAAAUGACCCUCACCCUCUCCUUCGAGGCAAUCGAUGACCUCAUCUACGACGCCCGCGCGGGCGACCUCGCCGCGCUCAAAGAGGACCUCGCAGCACUAAGCACCCAGCACGCAUGCCCCGAGGCUGUCGUGCUGUCCGCAGCCGUGGACGCAGAGCCGGAAGCUGAGGGCGGGUCAGGGAGCUGUUUGUUGCAUUUUCCGGCUGCGAAUGGGAAUAUUGAGAUUCUGAGCUACUUGCUGGAAGCUUUGAAAACACAACCAGAGCACUUGCAAAAACUGAUCAACCACCGCAAUCACUCCGGGAACACACCCCUCCACUGGGCUGCCUUGAACACGCAUUUGGACUGCGUCAAGGCACUCGUGGAAGCUGGUGCUGAUAUCUCCGUGAAGAACGAUGCUGGUCUUGAUGCUGUUUUCCUUGCUGAGCGGACGGCGUGGUCGACUGGUGAGGUGAAGGAGGAUGAAGAGGAGAAUGAGAAUGAGUCUGGAGAGGCGGAGGUGGAAGCUAGUGCUGGUGGGGAAGGUGAAGGUGAAGGCGAAGGAAAGGGGCCGAUGUCGCAGGGGAGGGCUGUUGCGGAGUGGUUGUUGAGUUCGGAUAAGGGAGGUGAGUUGGAGAGUG